AUCAGUUAACUUUUCAGCGUUCAGCACAAAAGAGUUCGAGUCUUUUUGUCGUUUUUCUUACAAUAAUUUAUUUGGGAUCAAGCGUGAGAUCGUAGUAAUGAAGGCUUUCGUAGGCAUUUUGAUGAUCGCUUUGGCUUCAGUGCACGCUGGAGUUUUGUCUCAUCAUCAUCAUACCGAUGAGAUUGCAGACCACGGUCACUAUGUCGAUCAUGGGGUUCAUCAUGGUGUUGAUGUGCAUCAUGCCAAUGGCGUUCACAUUGGUCACUCGUCAGCUAUCGUCAUUGAUGGCGAUCAUGUGACUGAACAUCAUCCGGUUUAUCACCAUGAUGGUAAUCAGGUGGCCGGCGUUGAUGUAGUACAGACAGACGUGGGAGGCGCCGGGGCUGGCGGUGUUGAUGUCGCUCUCGCCGGUACUUCGGCCGCCCGGGUAAUACAUCAUGAGCCCAUACAUCAAGUGGAAUCGGUGCAUCACGUGACUAGAGUAGUGCAUCAUGAACCGCAUCACUUUUUGCAUUACACAAAUCCCGUGGUCGAUCAUCAUGUUGUUCAUCAAAAUCAUCAUGUCGAUGAACAUCAUCAUGCCGCCGAUUUGCAUCAUACUGAAUUGCAUCAUGGCGAUUUGUUACAUCGUGGCGUUGCUCAUCAUACAGCGGCGCCAGCAGCUUUACAUCAUCAUCAUCAUCAUGGUUAUGCUUAUCAUAAUAAUGCAGCUUUAGUACAUCAUGCACCAGUAGCCGUUCAUCAUCAUCGCGAUGCCGCCGUUGUUCAUCGGGUGUAUCCCGCCCAUCCCACACAUGCCGAUAUCUUGACCUUUGCCAAACAUCAAUUACAUGGCAAAUAUGGUAAAGUGAAGAUCAUUGAAAAGCAUUACUAAACGAUUUCCUCUUCGCUCCCCCAUCUCAUCGGUCGUUCGGUCUCUCUUAUAACUAAUUUAUUGUAUUGUAAACAGUUGAAGAACCGCUCUGCUCUGCUCUGCUCAUGCAUUCAUCAAAAUCAAUGUUAUUGUUAUUAUUAUCAUGAUUAGGUUAAGUCUUUGAUUUUCUUAUUAUUAUUAUUAUCUUCUCGAGUUUU